UGGAAAAACAUUUUCUACGUGAAAUCUGUAAGGAAAAAGGGGUGCGGGGAAUAGAAUUCCUGCACUAUGUCAAGCGGGAGUUGCUCUGGGCCGGGUGUCUGCGGAGGGGCCAGAAGACGGCCACCUCCUCCUCCCGAGCCAGCACUCUCCCUCGCUGCUGACCUCAGCGAGCUGAGUUUGGACCAGGGCUAUCACACAUUGGCCGACUGUGGUCCACCAAGAAGACGUCGUGAUAACACACUAUCUGAUGCUUUGUGGCUUAAGAUAUUAUCGUAUCUAGAGGUUUCAGACUUAUGUCGAAUGUCACGGGUAUGUAGAAGAUGGUCAAGGUUCGUGGCCAGGUUGACAGUGAGGCCAGAACCAUGGAGAAGAGUAAGGGCUGCUGGUCCUUUAGAAAUAGCGGCUCGAUGUGCGGGUGCCAGAGCUGGACCCUGUGUAAGCGCUGUCCGGGAGUGGCGGUCGAAGACUUGUGCGAUAACUGUUGCUGGUGCUCAAUUAUUAGCAGCUACUUUCAGAAACUUGACGCAUCUGGCAUUAACCGGUUCUAAUACAAUGGACGCAAGAGCAUUGGCACCUCUUAUCACAGAUUUAGUGGAUUUAAGGCAUAUUGAUCUAACUGGUUGUCCAAACGUAGACUGGCCAGAGUGGGCGUGGCUCGAAAGCCGGUUAACGACGAGAAGGCCUCCCAUAGAAUACAUCGACCUAACUGACUGCAGUGCGGUCUCUGAUGCGGGUCUAUGUGCUUUACUCCAUACCUGUCCGUCUUUACAAUAUCUCUACCUCAGGAGAUGUACUCUAGUCACAGAUGCAGGCGUUAGAUGGAUACCUUCAUAUUGCGCACUCAAGGAGUUGAGUGUGUCUGACUGCACGGGAGUCACGGACUUCGGUCUAUACGAGCUAGCGAAAUUGGGACCUGCGUUGCGGUAUCUCUCAGUCGCAAAAUGUUCACAGGUAUCAGAUUCGGGUAUAAGUACGUUAGCAAGGCGUUGUUACAAGCUCCGUUACCUGAAUGCGAGAGGUUGCGGUGCGCUGGGUGAUGAUGGAGUAGAAGCAAUCGGACGAGGAUGCUCAAGGUUACGAGCUCUCGAUCUUGGUGCUACUGAUGUUUCUGAAGCUGGUUUACAGAUCCUGGCACGAUGCUGUCCCAAUCUAAAGAAAUUAGCUUUAAGAGGCUGUGAAUUGAUAGGCGACGACGGUCUCGAAGCAGUUGCUUAUUACUGUCGGGGACUUACUCAAUUGAACAUACAGGACACGCCAGUCACAUUACGAGGUUACAGGGCGGUGAAGAAGUACUGUAAAAGAUGUGUUAUUGAACAUACAAAUCCAGGAUUCUGUUGAACAUGUGUGUAAAUACUUGGUUCUCUUAGGUCUUGACGUUCAAGAAGCAAGAAAACAUCACGCAGGAAUUGUUCAUCUCUACAAGUUAGAUAUUCGUGCCUUUUUAUCUGAACACGAUGCGUACUUAGAGUUUCCCAGAUUGGUUGAUAUUUAUUGUUAUUGCUUUGGGACGUAUCUUUAAGUUUUAUAGCCUUUACAACGUGUAUAACUCUUUUCAAUAAACGAACUACCUAAUGCAAGAAUUCUCAAAAUCGGAAAUGUAAAUCGCUGAUAAUAUUAGUAUUGAUAAUACCUAU